AUGGAAGAAGUUCUCAGCCCUUUGAGAAACGCCGUAAAGCAACAGGGAGACCUGGUGCAGCAGCUGAAGGAGCAGGGAGCCCCAGAGCAGGAGAUCAACAAAGCUGUGGCUGAACUCAAAGCUCGGAAAAAGAUUCUUGAAGCAAAAGAACUUGCCCUGAAGCCCAAAGAUGAGAUUGUUGACAGAGCAAAGAUGGAGGAUACUUUGAAGAGACGGUUCUUCUAUGAUCAGGCGUUUGCAAUUUAUGGAGGUGUGAGCGGCCUGUAUGACUUUGGUCCGGUCGGUUGUGCUCUAAAGAACAACAUCCUGCAGGUCUGGAGACAGCACUUCAUUCAGGAGGAGCAGAUCCUGGAGAUUGACUGCACCAUGUUAACCCCUGAGCCCGUUCUCAAGACAUCUGGACACGUGGAUAAAUUUGCAGAUUACAUGGUGAAGGAUUCCAAAACAGGAGAAUGUUUCCGUGCUGACCACCUCCUGAAAGCACACCUAAAAAAGCUGAUGUCGGAUGAGAAAUGCCCUGCUCCAAAGGCUGCAGAGAUGGACAACGUAAUUACCCAGAUGGACAACUACACGCAGCAGGACUUGGCCGAUCUCUUUGUGAAAUACAACGUCAAGUCUCCCUCCACUGGAAAUGACCUGACCCCUCCCACCUCCUUCAAUCUCAUGUUUCAGACCUCGAUUGGUCCUGGAGGAAACACGCCUGGAUAUCUGAGGCCUGAAACUGCUCAAGGUAUGUUCCUAAACUUCAAGCGUCUCCUGGAGUUUAACCAAGGCAAGCUUCCUUUUGGUGCUGCUCAGAUCGGAAACUCCUUCAGGAAUGAAAUCUCUCCCCGCUCUGGACUAAUCCGUGUCAGAGAGUUUACUAUGGCUGAGAUUGAGCACUUUGUGGACCCAAACGAGAAAGUCCAUCCAAAAUUCUCCAAUGUAGCCGACUUGGAUAUCAUGUUGUACUCUUCAAAAGCCCAAACCAGUGGGCAGUCUGCACACAUCAUGAGGCUGGGGGAUGCAGUGGAACAGGGAGUCAUCAAUAACUCAGUCUUGGGCUACUUCAUUGGCCGGAUUUAUUUGUAUCUCCUCAAAGUGGGUCUCUCCAAGGAUAAAGUACGUUUCCGACAGCACAUGGAAAACGAGAUGGCUCACUACGCCUGCGACUGCUGGGACGCCGAGUCUCUCACCUCCUAUGGCUGGAUUGAGAUUGUGGGAUGUGCCGAUCGCUCAUGCUAUGAUCUCACCUUCGUGGAUGUGACGCAGUUUGAAGCCAACAAAGCCACCAUUGGGAAGGAAUACAAAAAAGAGGCAAAGUUAAUCCUGGAUUUUCUGUCUGUCUGCGACGAGUGCUUCAUAAGUGAGCAGGAGAAGCUUCUAAAUGAAAAGGGUGAAUUCACGGUUGAAACAGAAGGACGAUCUUUCACUUUAACUAAAGACAUGGUCAGUGUGAAGAGGUUUCAGAAGACACUGCACGUGGAGGAGAUCGUUCCCAACGUGAUCGAGCCGUCAUUUGGCAUCGGACGGAUCAUGUACUCCAUUUUUGAACACUCCUUUCAAGUCCGACAAGGAGAUGAGCAGAGAACUUUUUUCAGCUUCCCUGCCCCUGUGUCCCCGUACAAGUGCGCAAUCCUUCCUUUGAGCCCCAACCAGAAGUUCAUGCCUUUUAUCCACCAACUUUCUCAAGAGAUGACUGGGUAUGGAGUAUCUCAUAAAACAGACAACUCCUCCGGCUCCAUCGGGAGGCGCUAUGCCCGAGCAGAUGAGAUCGGAGUGGCCUUUGGCAUCACCAUAGACUUUGACACGGUGAACAAAUCUCCACACACAGCCACUCUGAGGGACCGGGACUCCAUGAGGCAGAUCCGGGCUGAAGUCGCUGUGCUGCCUGCUGUGGUCCGGGAUUUGGCGAGUGGAGUUUUAACCUGGGAGGAAGUGGAGAAAAAGUUCCCCAUUUUUGAAGGACAAGAGACCAACAGAAAGGAUUCAUGA